UUCUGCGGCUGCGCGGAGGAAGUGCAUCCGAAACCAGGACAGCGCAGCACAGUGCGUGACCUGGCGAAUGGUGUGCCCAAAACGGAAGUGCACAAAAACAAACACCGCCGAGGUUACCGCUGGCAACAAUUCGAUGUAUGGCUCAGUAUUGAUAAAGCGCGUUUGCAACAAUUUUCCAAAAAGCUGAAGCUCCUCGCAGUAUGAGCUCGCACUAUCUCAACUCCUGCGUCAAAGUGCCCAUAGAUCCGUGCAACAAUUGUCCAGCUCCGGUCUACAAUCGCCCCAAGCUCUGCUCGCUGGGCGGAAAGAAACAAACGGGAACGGCUCCAGCAGAAUCGACAGAGGCGGAAACACCUGCCUGGAAUAACCAAAUGGGGAUAAGGUCCCUGGCCAAGUUCUACGAUAGUAUACCUGACUACUGUGAUGUGAAGCACUUACACCAGGCGGAGUUCUACUCUACUUUGGAGAGUCUACGCAGCACCAGCCGUGAGCUUAGAUCCCAGCAAGCUCCUGCUCCCAAUGGAGUUCCAAAUCCACCUCGACAGCGCUGUGCCAGUGCUAGCAGCAGUUCCCUGGGCCAUGCUCAUGGAAAGUCCAAAAAAAGGGCUAUCAAGGGGAAAAAGUCUAAGAAGCCUCCUAUUGUGCUGGAUGCAGUUGCUCCGCCAACCAUGACAGCAAGCCCCAUCCACCUAGAUCAAUGUAUUACACCACCUGUAGCGGUUCACACGCCCCAUUCCAGUUGCCUGAGCGAGGAGUACGACAAAUGUCUGAAGGACUUGAGUCGCCUAAAGAGUUUCAAGGAGGACUUUGCCGUUGAAGUGGCGGAUUUCAAGAGAUCCCUAAAGAGUUUCGAGGCAGAGUUUCGACGGCCCAAGUCCACUAGUAGUAAUGCGACUCAAACACAGUGCCAGAGCCAGACACAGCCCAAAAUCCGUCCGCAACCGACUGCUAAUCCUGGACAGCACACGGCGCAGCGGGCGAAAUGCCGGAGGGAGAUGCUGCGACGAUGUUUCAGUGUCAAUGAUCUGGGAGGACAUGUCGCAGAGACCCCCUUACCGCCCCCCAAGUGCGCUCAGGCCACGCUCAGCAACUAUUUUCCGAGUGGGAAGAAGGUGUCUGAGGAACAGGUGCCCAAGAUCGAGAUAUUAUCGCCCACCGCUUCCUCCAAGCGCAGCAGCAGUGCCUCCACAGUGUGCCGGGGCAGGACAAGACGCGGAAGAGGUCGCAAAUCCAAUCCAAUGGCCAUGCCGAAGGAUGAAAAAGCUAUGCCACCUUUGAGAAUUUUCGACUUGCCGGAGGAACCGAUGCCGCGAAGGACUCCUAGUGUCUCCCCCUUGCAUCCGGUGGCUCGACCCAACCUGGCAGCCACUUUGAGAGCCGAAGUGUCGCGGAAGAAAGUUAAGGAGCUGAAGAACAACUGUACGUUUCAUGAUCCACGGCCACCUUUCGACUGGGAGGUGCGCAAGACACCGGCUUGGAAGUCGCUGUCUCUAAAUGAACCCCACAAGGCUUUGCUGUCCAUUCGGCUAGCCACUAGGAAAGCGGAGCAGGCACUGCAGGAACGCCAAUACGAACUGCACAUGGAGAUGAUGCGGCAGCGCGUCAAAUCUGCUCCACUGCUCCUUGAGGGACCCACUUUUUGGGGCCCUGAAGUAGGUAAGCUGAGCCAUAAUUGUCGCAGCGAGGGCAUGCGCCACACGUGCGAAGGGAGCAGGCAGCGCAGGAAAAAGAAGUCCGAGUGUCCUGUGGGAGAUUCUGAAGCCAAGCUGCAGCAGCUGAGAAAGAUCUACGGAUCGGAAAAAUCCUGUUCGAGGCAGUCCCAGAGAAGCAAGCGCUCCGGAAGAAGACCUCGAGAGCAAGUAACCGAAACUCCCACCCAUGACAGCGGCGACGACCUAUGCAGCGUGGACAGGGCCUUCCUUUAGAGAAUCACCUUAU